CGGUUUCAGUCAGGAAAUAUCCUUUCAGCUGUGGGGGGAUGUGAUUGGCUGGCUAUAGACUUCCAUAGUCAACAGCUCUUCAGGGGGAGUCCAAGCAUAAAUACUCUGACUCACCUGAACAAGAACAAAUAAAAGCCACCAGUUCUUCUCCGGACAAAACCACACUCAGGUGCUGCAUUUGGAAACAAUCCUUCAGUACACAUACAGAACAGAAAGUCUCUGGUUCAGCGAGCACCAUGACCUCCAGCUUCUCUGUGCACAGCCACUCUCUGGGACGCCAGCCGUCUUUCUCCAGCAUGUCUAUGCGUGACAGUGGAGUUCGAGGACGCUCUAAAGUCCCAGUGUCCCUCUCCUCAGCCAGUACUCUGUCCCUGUCUCGUUCGACCUCUCUGGGAAAUGGCUUAAACAUCCUAAGCAACUUCUCGCUGAAUGGUCUAGGAGUUGGUGCCAGUGAGAAGGAGACCAUGCAAGGUCUAAACGACCGACUUGCCAGCUAUCUGGAAAAGGUGCGUUCUCUGGAGAAGUCCAAUGCUGACCUGGAGCUGAAGAUUAAACAGUUUAUGAAGGAGCGAGCACCCAAGGGUCACGACAUCGAGGGACUGAUUGCUCAAGCACAUGCCAUUGGACAAGAGGUGAGGAAAAAGACGUUGGAGAAUGCUCGUAUAAUGCUGGAGAUUGACAAUGCCAAGCUUGCAGCAGAUGACUUUAGGGUCAAAUGGGAGGCAGAAGCUACUCUUUGCCAGUCAGUUGAGAGAGACUGUCAUGCUCUGAGACGAGCAAAAUCUGAUCACGAUCAGAUCAUCGCAACCCUUCGAGGAGACCUGGACAGUCUGAAAGAGGAGCUCUAUUUCCUCCAGAAGAACCAUGAUGAGGAGAAGAGCACACUGAAGGCCCGUCUAGCCAAUGAGCAAGUGAACGUGGAGGUGGAUGCAGCCCAGGGCCCAGACCUCGGAGCCAUCAUGGCAGAGCUAAGGGUGCAGUACGAGAGCAUCGCACGCAAGAAUAAAGAGGAUGCUGAGAUGUGGUAUCUGAAGAAGCUGGAGACCGUGCAGUCGGAGGUGAAGGAGAGUAACGAGGCUCUGCGAUGUGCUCAGAGUGAACUCAGUGAAAGACGACGCUUCCUGCAGGCGUUAGAGGUGGAACUGGACAGUCUGCGCAAACAGGUUGGUGUUCUGGAGGGGAACCUCGGAGAGACGAAUCAGAAGUACACUCUUGAGAUCGAGCAUCUUCAGGGCUCGCUCACACAGCUGGAGGAUGAACUCUCACAGCUGCGCCUGGACAUGCAACGAAUCAAAACCGAUUACGAGCAGUUACUGCGUAUCAAACAGAAUCUGGAGCUGGAGAUCGCCACCUACCGGAGGCUGCUGGAGGGAGAGGAAGUGAUAAAAGAGACACCCUCUUCUAAAAAAGAACCUGAAGUGAGAACCAGGAAGAUUGUGAAGGUGGUCACCCAGACCAUGGUAAAUGGAAAGGUGGUGGAUGAAUCCAGUGAAGUUGAACAGAUUGAAGAACGAAAAAAGUCUGAUUCUGUAAGGCGAGUCGCAAUAGAGCGGGUCAUUUAAGAGUAGCACAGACCGAAAGUCACACAGUGAAACUAAAUACAUACGAUACUAGCUGAUUUCCUGAAUAAAGUAGGCCUACUAGUUUUAGGGACGGUGGUAGAAAAAUGAUAUGUAGCUGUGGAUGGGGAUUUGAACCUGUGUGGUCACAGUGUGAGAAACCGAGCCAAAGGACGAAAUCAAGACAGCUUCACUUUGAGAACGAUGACCGAAAAAGCCCUGACACCAAACCUCUGUAGUGUCAGAUGUCUUGCUUUUGUGUGGCUUUCUGGGUGAAACAAUUACUACAGUCCCAGCCCAUCACGGUCCUUGUAAACAAGAGCCUUUACUUUGGUUUGCUCUGAUAAAUUCCACUAUUAUUGCCAGGUAUAAAACUAUUUAAGCACUUAAACAGACUUUCAGUAAAUUCUAGCAAUCUUACACAGGUCAGAUUUAUAUAUCUAUUACUUGAAAAUCAGAAUUUAUUUUUCAUUCUCUGUGCUGAAUGAAACACUAGGCUAUACUACAUCCAAAAUACUGAAUGAAAUGUCUGAAUUCAUCAUUUUUAUAUGUAGAAUUUUAUCUACUAACCAUAUCUAUAGACAAUUAGCUCAUAUAAUGAAAAUGUGACACUUGUGUUUGGAUGAGAGCUCCAAGAAAACACAUUCAGUUAUGCAGUUUUCAAUAUGGGGCAUUCAUAAUUCACUUUUUUUUUGUCAUUGUCUUUUUGAUGAUUAUGGAUGUGGAGUGCAUAUCUUACAAAGAAAGGUGCAGAGUCCCAGCUCAGCUUUAACACCCUGUGUAUUAUCCCAUCUAAACCAUUGUGCAGAUGAGUAAACAUACUGAUACAUACAAUGAAGCAUUUACAAUAAACUUUAGACUG